CGGGACUUAACGACUGCGCAGACGCGGAACAUGAAGCGACGUAAGACGCGAGUUUGUUAAUGUUCCGUACACAUUGCCGCUAUUUACAGUAGACAGAAGUUUCUUUUUCGGCUAAAAAAGACCCAAACAAAUAGACAAAUUGGUAGUUCCUCUCCAGCCAUGUCUUCCCAGUGGUGGGGGCAGUGGCUGGUCUCAAAUGGAUCAUCUCCCUCGGUUUUCCCGGACAACAGCAGCUGCUACAGCUCCAACAGGACCACUGUCCUCAUGGGAAGCAACUUUGGAGGAGUGCCAGUCGUGCUGCUGCUGGACUUCUCCGUCUUCCUGGUACUGCUGAUCCUUUUCUCUAUUAUCAGGAGGAAGUUCUGGGACUAUGGGCGUUUAGCACUGGUUGCAGACAAUGAUGGGUCAACAGAGUCAGCACACCGUCGCUGUCGCCGCAUGUCCUCCAUGAUGUCCAGUACGGAUGAACUGGAGUAUGAAAUGGGUUUCUGCUCUUGGUUGCCUUACAUCCUCAGAAUGGAUGAAGAUAAAAUACAAACCAAGUGUGGAAUGGACGCUGUUCACUACCUGUCCUUCCAGCGUCACUUGAUCUGCCUGCUGUUUGUCAUAACUGUCACCUCCCUUUCAGUCAUACUGCCUGUCAACUUAAGGGGAGACCUUUUGGGAAACGACCCAAAGAAUUUUGGAAGGACAACUAUUGGGAAUCUUGAAAAGGGAAAUAACUGGUUAUGGCUGCACACAGUGUUUGCAGUUCUGUACCUGAUUCUGACAGUGUUUCUGCUGCGCCGUCAUACAUCACAAAUGAAAGGCAUGGGCAGAGAAACGACAAGAAAUACCUUGUUUGUGUGUUCAGUGCCAAAAACAGCAACAGAAGAGGAUAUAAAGACCCAUUUUACAGAGGCGUACCCUACCUGUCGAGUGUGUGCUGUUACCCUGGGUUAUAAUGUAGCCAAACUUAUGCACCUUGAUAAAGAAAGAAUGCGAGCUGGGAAAAACUUGCGCUACUAUGAGCGUUUGAUAGAAAAAACAGGGGAACGUGAAAUGAUCAGUCCCCGUGUGUGUGGUCAACUUUGUUGCUGUUCCGGAUGUGAAAAGGUUGAUGCUUUAGAGUACUACACCAAUAAAGAAAAGGAGCUGCUUGAGGAGGUGAGGAAGCAGACAGAAUUGGUACCAGAGCGCCCCCUGGGGAUUGCCUUUGUCACGCUUCAGACCGAGGCUAUGGCCAAGUAUAUUCUGAAAGACUUCAAUGCACUAGAAUGUGGUAGUAGGGUCUGUCUUUGUGGGCCGGAGCCACAACCAUCGUCUUUUAGUGGAGCUCUAAAAGUGAAAAAGUGGACAGUCAGCUAUGCACCUCCUCCCAAAAAUGUGUUCUGGGCCAAUCUCUCAGUGCAGGGUUUCGCAUGGUACAUACGCUAUGCAAUGCUCAACGUAUUUCUUUUCGUCCUCCUCACUUUCCUCACAACUCCAACCAUCAUUAUACACACCUUGGACAGGUUCGAUGUCACUAAACCCAUCUACUAUCUCAAUAGCCCUAUCAUCAGUCAGUUCUUCCCCACUCUCAUGCUGUGGUCCUUCUCUGCAUUACUGCCUACAAUAGUCUACUAUUCAACACUAGGAGAGGCACAUUGGAGCAGGUCCAGUGAGCAGCUGAGUAUGAUGCGAAAGCUGUACUUUUUCCUGCUCUUCAUGGUGCUCAUCCUCCCCUCACUAGGACUCACAAGUCUUGCAGUUUUUUUCCGAUGGCUGUUUGAUAAACAGUUUCUUUCAGAUGGGAAACUGAGGUUUGAGUGUGUAUUUUUACCUGAUCAAGGAGCAUUUUUCGUCAACUACGUGAUUGCAGCGGCUUUGGUGGGCUCUGGCAUGGAGUUGUUACGAUUACCGGGACUACUGCUUUACACCAUCCGUAUGGCAUUUGCUCAUUCUGCCGCUGAAAGAAAAUAUGUCAAACAGAACCAGGCAUAUGAGUUUGAAUAUGGAGCUAUGUAUGGCUGGACUCUUUGCGUUUUCUCUGUUAUUAUGGCGUACAGCAUCAUCUGUCCUAUUAUUGUGCCUUUUGGUCUGCUCUACAUGCUGCUGAAGCAUCUGGUUGACAAACACAACCUGUACUUUGCCUACCUGCCCGCCCGCCUGGACCGCCAGGUCCACAUGGGAGCUGUCAAUCAAGCUCUUGCUGCACCCCUCAUCUGCUUAAUAUGGCUUUACUUCUUUUCCGUUUUGAGAACAGGUUUCUGGGCUCCCACAUCUCUUUUCACCCUGGUAGUCCUGUGUAUCACUGUUUUCAUCUGUGUCAGCUACACCUGCUUUGGUCUUUUUAAGUACCUCAGUCCACACAACUAUGCGGUGAAAGAGGAAGAUGAGGAUAAAGUAGACGGAGCAGAAGAAAACACCAUGGUCUACCUUCCCAGAGUGCUUAAUCCAAAAUCACCUGCAAAGCCUCCACUGGUGUCUAAACUGUCUCAGUCUUAUGGCUCAACAGAGGGCAGCACAGCCUACAGCUCCAGCCCAAAGGAGGACAGUAUGUCAAAUGACUGAAUAAGUGAAACGUAUGAACAAUCGUAUGUAUACCCAGUUGAUUUAUGAAGAAGGUAACUAGGAAUUUUGCAUUGAAUUUGGAUCAUCUUUUGCACCGAUGUAGCAGAGCCAUAUGGAACUAGCCAAAUCCUUUCCUUAAUGUUACCUGUCAUAAAGCACACAUUUAUUUUUUUCUUUAUGAGACCUCUCUGAGCAGGACCAAGUCACCAAAGCAUGUGUGUCAAAGUAUGACUUUUCAUACAUGUUUUGUGUGAAAAUUAUUGCAAUAACCAUUAGUUGGGUACUGUACAAAAACUAUUGGAACAAAUUAAUUAAGCCAUUACUACUGAUGCCACAGUGGUGGACAAGCAAAGCUUGUUUUGUCUUACAUGUUCAGACAGAUUGAGUUUAGAAGACUUUUAAAGACACUGUCUUUUUAUGCCAGGAGACACCUGCCAAGGGAAUAACUUAUUGCAUAAAGUUUCUAAAGCACUUUUAUACCAAGAGAGGUCUGUCUGGUAUUUACUAACAGGAGCUUAGUGUUCUUACUUUUGUAGCAGAUGAGAGGACACAUCAGUAUUCCCAUAGGUUUUGCAACCUGACAUAAAUAUUAAUUGGCACAUUAUAAUGGAUGGAGCCAUUAUUUUCCUACUGUCAACAAUGCUUUAAUAAAAGGUGUUCUACUUUUUUUUUUUUUUUUUUUUUUUUAAACAUGAAAUAGUGAUGUAAUGAACUACUUUCCAGUUAUAAGCAUGGUUUGUCAGUGGGGGGCACUGUUGAGCUGUAUCUUAAGGUAUGAAACAUUUGUAAAGCCCUGAAAAGGAACAAAUGCACACUGUUACAUAGAGUAUUUCUAACUUAUUCUGACAUUGGUAUGAGACGGUUUAGGCGACAAUUGCAGUAGCUCCACCCCCUCACCUGAUCUUUUACUAUUGACUCCCUUUCCUGUUCCCUCCCCUUUGCCUCUUCUUUUCUUGUGCUUUCUCUCUGUCACAUCACAAUGUGUGCCACAGCUAAGGGGGACCUCUGUGGUCAUUUAAAGGCAUUUAGGAUACAAUAGAAAUGUCAUUAGCACAGUUGUUAAAUAUGGGUAAUGAAGUGCUAAACUAAUAACAUAAUCUAGGUUAUUAGCAGUGACUUGUAGCCACGGUUCAAUGAACCUCACAACAGACCUCAAAAGGAGCAACAAAAAUCAAGAACUGUUACUACUUAAGCACCUCUUAGCCAGCAUGAUGUGGUUUUCUUUUAGAGUUGAGCACAAGUUCACUUACAGACCACCUGGAUACACAAUAUGAGAAAAGAAUAAAUAACAUACACCUUCACUAAUUCACCUUUUAUGAAGCAUGAUUUAUGACUGCGAAUGUAAAUUGAAGUCUCUAGUAUGGAAAAUCUAGAGUUUAAAUAUACUUGGGGGGCGGGGGGGGCAGUUUCAGACCAUUUUAAAUGUUGUGAGAUUUGACAUCACAGGAAAUACAUUCUACACUGGAUAACACUGGACAAAAUUAAGUAAAAGCGUUUCUCAUGAAUAAUCUUAUUGCGUGUGCACAGAAAAAAUAUCCAGGUUGGCAACAGUGAUAAAUUAACUUAAAAUAUGAUUUUUAUUGAUGUAUAUGUGAUGAUCACAUUGGUACAGACCGCAUAACAUUCAAAAGAGUGGUUUUAAAAAGAAAAUUGCAUGAGAAAACUAUGUUGGGUCAGAGUUUGGGGCAAUAAUAAUGUGGAGAUAUUCUCAUGUGGCUUGGAGGAUGAGAUGGGAAUGAGAUGAGAGUUUGAUAUCAAACACCUGAUAAUAGGUCUGUGAGUUCCGUACAUGUAUUGUGUGUUUAAUGUACAUUUGCUGCCUGAGAGGCUGCUUCUUCUUGCUCUGUAAAGCAGGAGUAAUGUACAGGAGCAUGGGAAGCGGCUCUGUCUAGCAACACUCAGCAGAUCUCCAAAACCACACACCAAAGUUUGACCCAGAGUUAAACACACCACAGAUUCACUGGCUCAUCUCCAGCCCACAUGGUUUAAGACUUUGAAUAAAGGGUGUGUGAAAGUUUGAUCUUAAGUUUCAUGUAUGUAAAUGUAAAAUACAAGUUAUUUGUGACAACUCGUUCACACAGCUUGCUUAGACGUUCACAUUUACUGUACAUGCUGAAUAUUGUAUACUAUUUGUUUAUGCACUGUGGUUGCUGCCAUGAUUUACUUUUUUUUUUUACAAUGUGUCAUAAGGAUCUGUUGAAUGUUUUUUGCCAGUGCUUAAUUUCAUGGGUUCAUAACAUCCUGAAUUUCUCCAAGCAGUAAUAUUUCCAAAUGCUUCUGACCAAAGAAUGAUUAUAAAGUAAAAUUGAAUUUGAAGAAAAA